UGAAUAGAAAGUUUAAUAAAUUGAUGACUUGGUCAUUGUAUAGUACAAACUUCAAUAAAUGUAUAAUUAGACAUUUUAUAAUUGGUUAGAAAGGGAAGAGAGGAGAAGAGUAGACUAGAGACAUAAUGUCUAGUGCCUACACAGACCAAAUAUCUUCCCACUUGUAUAUUAUGAGGCAUGUAUAACCAAUAUAUAGAGUUUGUUCUGUUCAAGAAAAAGAAACAAAUCAAUUAGAAUUAGAUCAUGAACAUGGCCAACACCUCAUCAUUAACUAUAUUAUGUCCGAUCUUAUUCUUGAUGAUACUCAUAAUAGAAGUAGCAUUUUGCAGCAACAACAAUUCCAUACCAACUCACCUAAGUGGCUGCAAAAAACAGUUAUGCGGGGAUUUCGAAAUUCCAUACCCAUUUGGCCUUGACAAAGGCUGUUUCAUGGAUCCUCCAUACCUGUUCCAGAUCUCUUGUACGGAUUCAACACCCUACUUGUUUAGCUCCGCUUUCAACGUCAGUAAAAUAACCGUUGUAGAUGGCGAGGUAACUAUCAUGCUGGCUGUUGCUAAAGAUUGUUACAGCAAGGAUGGCAAACAGUUGACUCCUGAUGUCUCGGACUUCACGCAAGGCUUGAAUGAAUUUUUCAGCGUUUCCUUUCUCAGGAACAAGUUUUACUCCAUAGGUUGCGAUAAUUUGGCAACCAUCAAUGGCUAUCGGGGUGACAAAAACUACACAACAGGCUGCAUAUCUUCGUGUAGUUACCCCAACGAAGUGGACCUCAAGUCUUGCUCUGGCGUAGGCUGUUGCCAAACUUCCAUCCCCAGUCAACUUACUAAGUACGGUAUGAUGUUGGGAAGCAACGAUAAUCAUAGGAGCGUUUGGAGUUUCAACCCGUGUAGCUAUGCUUUUGUUAUGCAAGAAACUGAGUUCAAAUUUUCAAGGUUAGAAGAAUUCACCAAUGUCUCUUCGGUUCCGGUUAUUUUUGAUUGGGCUGUUGGGUUCGAUUCCUGCCAAGUUGCGGAGAAGAACAAGGCAACUUACGGUUGCAAGGAGAAUAGUGUGUGUGUUAAUUCCACUCCCAGGAGAGGCUACCUUUGCCGGUGCUCGGAAGGCUUCGAAGGGAACCCAUAUAUCCCAAAUGGUUGCUUAGAUAUUGAUGAGUGCAAAUUAUAUCCAAAUUUCUGCCAAAAUGGGACAUGUAUAAACACAGUUGGGAGUUUUGAGUGCUCAUGUCCAACAGGGACAACGUACACGAAAAUUAACGGAACGACCAUGUCCAUGUGCACUCAAUUAUCUAUGAUUACAGAUGAUUCUGAUUCAAGAAAACGCAUAAUUAUCUACUCUGUUUUGGGUUCUGCUCUUGGAGUCAUUUUCCUACUAAUUAGUUUAUGGUACUUGAUAAGAAUCAUUAAGAAAAAAACCAACAUCAAGCGCAAAGAAGUUCAUUUUCAAAGAAACGGUGGUUUAUUAUUACAACAACAACUAUCUACACAUGAAUAUAGUAUUGAGAAUAUAAAAUUGUUUAACUCAGAGGAAUUAGAGAAGGCAACCAACAAUUUUGAUAUGGAUAGAAUCCUUGGUCAAGGAGGUCAGGGAACUGUUCACAAAGGUAUGUUGACAGAUGGAAGAAUUGUUGCUGUUAAAAAAUCAAAAAUAGAUGGAGAAGAAAAAGUAGGAGAGUUCAUCAAUGAAGUUGUCAUCCUUGCACAAAUCAAUCAUAGGAAUGUUGUCAAAUUAUUAGGUUGUUGUUUGGAGACUGAAGUUCCACUUCUAGUAUAUGAAUUCAUACCUAAUGGUACUCUAUCUCAUUAUCUCCAUGACCAUGAGAGAGAGUUUCAACUAACAUGGAACAUGCGCCUAAGAAUUGCUUCAGAGAUUGCAGCAGCACUUUUUUAUUUACACUCAGCAACUUCAUCUCCAAUUUACCAUAGAGAUAUCAAGUCCACAAAUAUAUUGUUAGAUGAGAAAUACAGAGCCAAAAUUGCAGAUUUUGGGACUUCAAAAGCUGUUGAUGUUGACCAAACUCAUGUCACGACACUUAUUUAUGGAACAUUUGGUUAUUUAGAUCCAGAGUAUUUUCAGUCAAACCAAUUUACUGAUAAAAGUGAUGUUUAUAGUUUUGGAGUCGUUCUAGUUGAGUUGUUGACAAGUGAGAAAGCUGUUUCUAUUACAAGGUCCAAAGAAGGCAAGAGUCUAGCCACAUAUUUUCUCAUUGCAAUGAAUGAGAAUCAUCUUUUUGAGAUUGUUGAUACUAAUCUUGUUAAAGAAUCUCAAAACCAUGUGAAUGAUCAAAUUGUUGCAGUUGCUAACUUAGCUAGGAAAUGCUUGAAUUUGAAUGGAAAAAUGAGACCAACAAUGAAAGAAGUUUCAAUUGAGUUAGACAAAAUCCAAAUGGUUACGAGUGGUGAUGAUUACAACAAUCCACAGAGUGCUGAAGAGAUAGUUUAUGUAAGAACUGAGCAAAUUGAGCCUUGGGAUUUCUCUUAUACCACAACAAGUUCAACUAGUAACAAUUAUGCUUCUCCAUCAACUUCCAUUGAACUACCACUAUUAUCUUCUAAGAAUCAUUGAAAAUAAUUAAAUUAUUAGUGUCAUUAAUGUGAAUUCUUUGUAAAGAAGUAUUAUCUUCCAAAAAACAUUAUUUGAAUGAGGAAAUUAAUAAGGGCAUGUUUGACAUUAUACCUAAAA